AUGGAAUCCUUCCUUCGAGGUAUCCACUCAAACGUACAUUUAAAAGGAAGGUAUCAUUGGAAAAGUGUACUUUUUUCUAAAAGGGAGGGGAAGAAGUUCUGUUGUUACCAUCUGCGGAAGAGUGUAGCAAGAGAACAAGUGCCUUCUUCCGAUGAUGCAGGGCAGGGUGCAGAGCAUCCCCAUUGUGAGUCGCCUUCCAAUGGAAACGACCCAACUUGGUACCACAACGUCGGAGCCAAUGUGGAGGAGAGGGGGAGGACCACCACCACGAAACGGUUCCGUGAAAACACGUGGCGAGAAAAAUGGUUAGAAGACAAACGCAGCGGUGGGUAUUCCACCAAAGGGGAAAAAAAUGCUUGGCACAGCAUACCCUCCAGGUGCAGCUUCCCCCCCAAGGGACGGCCAUUCACGUCAUUUCAAAGCGGACCACAACCUAAACACAAACAUAACCAAAUCGUCCUCACCGACCAGUUCAUAAAUCGAGCGAACUUGAAAAAAGAAAUUUUAGACACCCACAAAAAGCUAACCGCGGAUUCCUUCAUCGAUAAGAGAAAAGAGGAAAUUUAUUUUCUUCUAAGAAGUGCUAUUAUGCCGAAUCUGAAGGGGAAAAUUUACUUCAUCGGUUCCUGUGAAAAUCAUAUAUGGAUAAAAAACUCAGACAUCGACUGCUGCAUAGUUGUAGAAAAUUGCGAAGACAAGAACAGCUACCUGUACAUUUUGAAGGUCAUUAAAAGUGCCAUAAAUCUGAUUUACCCUUCGCUGACAGUGAAUAUCAUUAAGGCGUCCGUUCCGAUAGCUAAGAUUUACAGGGAACAGAAUAACAUUUGCGACAUCAGCAUAAACAACACCGUUGCGAUUGUGAAUACGAAGCUGGUCUCGUCUCUUUGCAACACGGAUGAGCGCGUCACGAUUAUAAACCGCGUGAUUAAGUACUGGGCCAAGCAGAAGAACAUCAACAACAGAUCACAAGGCACCUUCAGCUCGUAUGCCCUAUUUCUGUUGACAUACUAUUUUCUACAAAAUUUGGAGACCCCCCUGCUGCCUCCAUACAAGUCCAUAGAACGGGAAAACGCCUCCUCCUUUGAAAUAAACAGCGAAUACUUCUUCCUCCAGGAUGACGUGGAAAUGCCCUUUUACACAGACGCGAGAGACAUAUCGAGCAAAUUGGAUACUCCCCGUAAAAACGAAGACGACGUAUCGAAGUUGCUAUACGGGUUUUUCGAGGCAAGCGCGAAAAAAAAAAAAAAAAAAAAAAAAAAUACACAUACAUAUAUGUAUUUCUACUCAAGGAGCUCCUGCAGGAACGGAAUAACCCUAGACAUAUACAACAACCAGAUAAUCGAAAACAAGGAUAUGACGGCCAACAUUUUCUGCCCCAUAACGAAAAAAAUAGUAAACACCUACAGCAUUAACACGUGGAAAAAGAUGUUUGAGAAGAUUCUGGCUGCCCAUGAGCGACUCAAAAGUGGGAAAAGCCUGGAUGUGAUUUGCGAAGAAACGAAGAAUACCACACCCAACAGAAAAAUUGAUCUUAAAGGUAAGCUGGGAGGGCUAUUAGCAUCAUCUGUUAAGGCGAAAACUAUUUCAGGGCCUGCACGAGCCGUAGUUGAAAACGAAAAAAUGAUUAGAUUGGUUUGCGCGUGUCGCUACAAAAAAAACAGCGUUUUCGCAACCAGUGUGAGACUGUUAAAACGUAUUAAAAUUAGCUCAUUAAAGGAUGGGGUUAUAAAGAAAAGCAUUUGGAAGGCACAGGGGAAGGUGACUGUAGAUGAUGCGUUGAAGCACUUCACAAAAUCGGAGCUGUUUUUUCUCUUCGUCGUUCCAUUCACCUUUGCGUCUGCCUAUAUUGUAGCCAUGUGGACGCUCUUUAAGUAUAUCUGUGACAUUAGGGAUAUUGAACACUUCAUCAGAACGGCGCGCUGGCUGAAUGGGAAGGAGCCCUACCCCUUUGAGUACCUGCGGGAGGGGCGCAAAUCAAGGAGCUUCGAGGGGAACAAACCCAUCAUCGUGGCGGUGAAGAAGUUCGAGUAG